UCCAGCCUGUGUCCAGUGUCCAGCCUGUGUCCAGUGUCCAGCCCGUGUCCAGCCUGUGUCCAGCCCGUGUCCAGUGUCCAGCCUGUGUCCAGUGUCCAGCCCGUGUCCAGCCUGUGUCCAGUGUCCAGCCUGUGUCCAGUGUCCAGCCCGUGUCCAGCCCGUGUCCAGCAUGUUAAACAGCAGCAGCCCGUGGCGCGGUCAGUCCUCACAGACCCCGCUCCAGCAGCUCUGGGACCACCUCCUGCUCCACCACCGGCCGCUCGUCUCUUCUCCGUUCUUCCCUCUGCUCUUGGCGUUCUCCAGUUACGUUUUCUUCAGCGUUCCGUUUGCGGUGAUGGACGUCGUGGGGGACAGGCUGCCUUAUUUCUACCAGUUCAAGAUCCAGCCGAGCAGAAAGCCCACGUUAAAGAUGAUGUGUAAGAGCUUCAUGACGGCGCUGUUUAACCAUGUGUUUUUUGUUUUGCCGGCCGUGGUCGUCGGAGCUUUCGUCCUCCCGUCGCCCGUGCUGCCUCAGGACGCCCCGACGCUCUAUGACGUGUGCGUGGACGGACUCGCCUCUCUCCUCCUCUUUGACACGCAGUAUUAUCUUUGGCAUUUCAUACACCACAAGAACCCACAGCUGUACAAAUGGAUCCACGCCGUUCACCACGAGUACAUGUCUCCUUUCUCCUGGUCAACAGAACAGCUCAGCGUCCCCGAGCUCAUGACCGUAGGAUUCUGGAGUAACCUGGACCCGAUAGUGCUGCGCUGCCACCCGCUGACCACAUGGGCCGUGACCGUGGUCAGUAUCUGGAUGAGCGUGGAGGAUCACAUCGGCUACGACCUGCCCUGGAGCCUCAGUCGCCUGGUGCCCUGUGGACUUCUGGGAGGAGCAGCGGCUCACGACCUGCACCACCAAAAACCAAACAGGAACUACGCCCCGUUCUUCAGCCACUGGGACAGACUGUUUGGGACUGAGGAGAAGCUCACGAGGAAAGAGUGA